AUGGGACAUCAGGGCAGAGAAACCACUGUAUGGAGGCCAGCCCAAGCCAGGGAUCUUCCACCUUUUGCCCCACCAAGUCACCCACACCUUGGGUCUCAGUGCUGCCCGCCCUUCCCUCUGUCUCAGGUGUCGGCGCUGCCACCCAACGGCCUGGUCCGCAAGGUGAAGCGGACACUGCCCAGCCCCCCUCCAGAGGAGGCUCACCUGCCCCUGGCUGGCCAGGCCCCCCCGCAGCUGUAUGCGGCCAGCCUGCUGCAGCAUGGGCUGGCGGGGCCCACCGCUGUCCCUGCCACCAAGGCCAGCCUGCUCCGGGACCUGGACCGGGACCUGCGGCUGGUGGAGCAUGAGUCCACCAAGCUGCGCAAGAAGCAAGCGGAGCUGGACGAGGAGGAGAAGGAGAUCGACGCCAAGCUCAAGUACCUGGAGCUGGGCAUCACACAGCGGAAAGAGUCUCUGGCCAAAGACCGAGGCGGCCGUGACUACCCGCCCUUGCGUGGGCUCGGUGAGCAUCGUGACUACUUGUCGGACAGCGAGCUCAACCAGCUGCGGCUCCCGGGCUGUGCCACUCCUGCCGGCCAGUACGCAGACUUCCCUGUCACUGCCACUGCUCCUGCCACCCCCUCCGGCCCCACUGCCUUCCAACAGCCCCGGUUCCCGCCUCCGGCCCCGCAGUACACUGCAGGCAGUGGUGGGCCAACCCAGAACGGAUUCCCGGCCCACCAAGCACCCACCUACCCUGGCCCCAGCACAUACCCAGCACCUGCCUUUCCUCCUGGCACCAGUUACCCAGCUGAGCCUGGCCUGCCAGGCCAACAGGCUUUCCGUCCCACAGGCCAUUAUGCAGCCCAAACACCCAUGCCAACCACACAGAGCACUCUUUUCCCAGUCCCGGCCGACAGCCGUGCCCCCCACCAGAAGCCACGCCAGACAUCACUGGCCGACUUGGAACAGAAGGUGCCCACUAACUAUGAGGUGAUCGCCAGCCCUGUCGUGGCCAUGUCCUCAGGCGCAUCUGAAAGCAGCUACAGCAGCCCAGCAGCGAGCGGCAGCUACGAGCAAGGCAAAGCGGCAGAGCCACCCCGGGCCAGCGACCGUAGCAGCGUGAGCCUGAGCUCAGCCUCCACCUACCCCUCUGACUCCCACUACACCAGCCUGGAGCAGAAUGUCCCCCGGAACUAUGUGAUGAUUGACGACAUCAGUGAGCUGACCAAGGACAGCACCUCCACUGCCCCCGAGAGCCAGCGACUGGAGCCCCUGGGGCCGAGCAGCAGCGGGCGUCCUGGCAAAGAGCCCGGAGAACCAGGCAUCCUGGAGGGGCCUGUACUGCCCUGCUGCUACACCAGAGGGGAGGAAGAAUCCGAGGAGGACUCUUACGACCCCCGUGGGAAGAGUGGCCACCACCGGAGUGUGGAGAGCAAUGGCCGACCAACCAGUGCCCACUACUACGGUGACAGCGACUACAGACACGGGGCUCGAGCAGAGAAGUACGGUCCGGGCCCCAUGGGGCCCAAGCAUCCCUCCAAGAGCCUGGCACCAGCUGCCAUCUCCUCAAAGCGCAGCAAGCACCGGAAGCAGGGCAUGGAGCAAAAGAUCUCCAAGUUCUCACCUAUCGAAGAGGCCAAGGACGUGGAGUCGGAUCUGGCCUCCUACCCCUCCCCUGCAGUCAGCAGCAGCCUAGCCUCUCGGGGCAGGAAGUUCCAGGACGAAAUCACCUACGGGCUCAAGAAGAACGUGUACGAGCAGCAGAGGUAUUAUGGGGUGUCCAGCCGGGACCCAGUGGAGGAGGACGACCGCAUGUAUGGAGGGAGCGGACGGUCCCGGGUGGCAUCUGCAUACAGUGGGGAGAAGCUGUCCAGCCAUGACUUCGGUGGCCGGGGCAAAGGAUAUGAGCGGGAACGGGAAGCUGUGGAGCGACUUCAAAAAGCGGGCCCCAAGCUCUCAUCCCUGAGCAUGGCCCACGGCCGGGCCCGGCCCCCCAUGCGGAGCCAGACCUCUGAAGAGGAGAGCCCCGUCAGCCCCUUGGGGCGGCCCCGCCCUGCCGGCGGCCCCCUUCCUCCUGGGGACACCUGCCCACAGUUCUGCUCCAGCCACUCCAUGCCUGACGUCCAGGAGCACGUCAAGGACGGGCCUCGGGCCCACACAUAUAAGCGUGAGGAGGGCUACAUCCUGGAUGACUCCCACUGCGUAGUUUCCGACAGCGAAGCGUAUCACCUGGGCCAGGAGGAGACAGACUGGUUUGAUAAGCCCCGGGAUGCCCGCUCUGACCGGUUCAGGCACCACGGGGGCCAUGCAGUCUCCUCCUCCUCCCAGAAGCGAGGCCCUGCCAGGCACAGCUACCACGACUACGAUGAGCCCCCCGAGGAGGGCCUGUGGCCCCAUGAUGAGGGUGGCCCGAGCCGCCACGCCUCAGCCAAGGAACACCGGCACCACGGUGACCACGGGCGGCACUCAGGCCGCCACGCUGGCGAGGAGCCGAGCCGGCGUGCUGCCAAAGCACAUGCUCGGGACCUGGGUCGCCACGAGGCCCGGCCGCACCCUCAGCCCGGCCCUGCCCCGGCCAUGCAGAAGAAGGGUCAGCCUGGGUACCCCAGCUCCACUGAAUACUCACAGCCAGCCCGUGCUCCGUCAGCGUACCAUCACGCCUCUGACAGCAAGAAGGGCUCCCGGCAGGCCCACACGGGGCCCGCUACGCCGCAGCCAAAGCCAGAGCCCCAGCUGCAGCCGCAAGGUCGGCAGGCAGCUCCUGGGCCGCAGCAGUCACAGCCGCCGCCAUCGAGGCAGACCCCCUCGGCGACAGUAUCGCGCCAGCCUCUGACACAGCAGCAGCAGCAAGGUCUCGGGGCGCAGCACCCCCAGCAGGCCCCGGCGCAGGCCCGGCUGCAGCAGCAGGGCCAGCCAGCUGCCCGGGGCCCGGCCCCUGCUGCCAGCCAGCCGGCAGGGAAGGCUCAGCCGGGCCCCACGACAGCCUCGGGCCCCCAGGCAGCAGGACCGCCACGGGCAGAGCAGGCAAAUGGCUCUAAAGGGACAGCCAAGGUACCCCCACAGGGGAGGCCUCCUCAGGCCCAACCGCCACCAGGACCUGGACCUGCAGGCAUGAAGGCCGGAGCCAGGCCUGGAGGGACCCCAGGGGCUCCUGCCGGCCAGCCAGGCGCCGAUGGUGAGAGCGUGCUCUCCAAAAUCCUCCCUGGUGGGGCAGCAGAGCAGGCCGGCAAGCUGACGGAAGCUGUCUCUGCUUUUGGCAAAAAGUUCUCCUCAUUCUGGUGACCAUGCCCUGCAGGCAUCUGCAAUCUGGCAAACCCUUGGCCCAAAGACUCACACCAGGUGGGACGUGGCAGGCAGGCCUCAGUUGAGGACGUUUUCUAACAGCAGCUGCCUGGGUGAAGCAUCUGCUGGACAUGUUGGGACCACUGGCCCGGGGGACCUGUGAUUGUCUUUCCAGAGACCCUGCUCUCCUCAGGGCACCACCUUCGAGGCCUAGCCUUCGCUGGGAGGGAGGAGCCCUCUCCGGACACCCUGCCACUGCGGCCCGGCCAGCCAGGCUUCCUAUGCGUUAUACACAGAGUUUGGGCGCAGGCUGCCUGUUUUUGAUGGACGCUGCCCUCCCUCCAUGAUGCCAGAAGUUUUUCCACAGCCUUGGAGAGGGGCUUUGACUGAGGGCUGGGGGCCCCGGGCUCCGUUUCCUUCACAUUCCAGCUGACCCGGAUCCCUCUGUGGCCACAGGGCCCUGCUCCCCUCACCCUGCCCUCUGGGUGACAUCAGAGCAGACCUCCGUGUGGCUAGCGUGGGGUUGGGAGAACUUUACAAACAUUAGGACCUAACACUGUCUCAUCGCUGAAAUAAGAGGCCAUAGCAGCGAAAAGCAGCGUGGGCACUGGCUGAGGCUUCUCCCAGCCCAUGGGUGGCAGCAUGCUAGCCUGCCUGCCACCAUCUCAAAGCCAUCCCCCCCUCCGCCCGCCCCCAGCCAUCGUCAGCAUCCCAGCAGCACCGCCAUUGUCUCGAUCAGCCAGCUCCUUGUUCGUACACCUGGGGAUUUCUUUUGAUUUCGAGAACAGCCUUAAUCAUUUCAGUUUGAUUUACAUGUAUACCUCAUAAGCAUUUUUCUUUUUUUGUCUCCUUCUCCCCCUUCUCUCUUUUUCUUUGCUCACCUCCUUGCCUCUCCCCUCCACCACCUCCUGUGACUGAUGGUUUGGUUUCCUCUCUGCUCUGCCCCUGCUCAGCACAGGGAGAAUGUUGACUCAGAAGCAAUAGGGGGCAGCAGGCCACCAAGAGCACAACCCCAGGGCGAGGUCUAGGGAGGCCCCUCAGCCCGCCUCUGUUUACUGUGCAAUCCAGUCCUUCUUAAGCCAUCACCAGUGGGCAUGCUCAGAGCAGAGGGGCCAGGGCUCCUGCCAGCCGAGGGCCGGGCCCAGAGCCCUGUGCUGGGGGGUAUGGCACCAUCCACCCACCUGGCGGACUGGGUGGCAUUCCUCCCCAAGGCCCUUGCCCUGGGGGCCUCCCUUCCUCUUGGGCACCCCCACCAGUCUCAUCUCUAACGUUCUAUGCAAUGAAAUAUAAACCCUCAAAGACAACUGUUAAUAUUUAAUAAAUUCCAUGUUAUGUAUAAGGAGUCAAUUGCAAACAUGCAAUUGAGAAACUGGAUAGAUAAGCUCAUAUCAACCCCGCCCCCCGCCCCCUGCUCCCACCGUGUGUGUGAAAUUCUCAGUCUGUGGCAUGUUUGACCUGUGGCAGGACGCGCUGCUGCCAGGUGAGUCACCGCCUGUCCUGCAGUGAGGCAUGCACAGCUCACAGCCUUUUUGCACGAUUUCAUCCAUUUUAAAUGCUCGACCCUCUUGCUUGGGAGUUCUUUUUGCCUCAGAACUUCUCCUCCUGGAGUGCUUCUAGCUGACUUCUGCACGAGCUAGUGAGGACCUGCUGGAAUUGUUGCCUGAGCGUGCCAGGCUGUGGCGUAGGCAGCGCAGGGCUUCGCAUGCCCUGCGGGCUUCUCGGACCAGGAUGGCAGGUGAAAAGAAGCCUCUGGAGUAGACACGCUGGUGGGGCCCACACAGGAGUGUGUGGGUGAACAUUCUGAAGGUUUGCUAUAGGAUUUCCCUCUGUAAAUUGCUCCCCCUCUCAUCCCAUCCCUGAGCCAGGGGUGUCUGGCCACCCCGUUCAGUGGGACAUGGCUCAGGCACAGAGCUGGCCUGUGUCUCUGGCCGGAGACACAGGCCAAGGGCAGGGUCUGGCUAUGUCCUAGGGACCCCAGCUCCUGACUACACCUGCUCCUUGCCUCUCCUUUGUAGCUGGGCAGCUCCAAGGUCUGUGAGCCAAGAGAGAGAGGCUGGGGCGCAGGGUGCUCAGGUGCUCAGGAAGAGCUGGACCUCUGGCCCUUGUGGUGAGGACAGCUGACAAAGUCAUCUUGGACCAGAGCAGGUGUUCCCAUAGACAGUAGCUUCAAGCUGAGUUUCUUGGGAAGCUUGUCAAUGGCAGAAUUCACAGAAGGUUGUGUUGUGACCCUUUUUCCAUCUGUCCCCAGGACCUAACCUCCCUGCCCACCCUUGUCCCUGAAGCCCAGGUAUCCCACCGCUCCUCAGCUUCUCUCUAAGUCGGCAAUGCAGCAGGCAGUGACCACCCGACCCCCCGAGGCCUGGCCUUCCUCCAGUGUGCUCUGGUUUGCACCAUGCAUUUCUCAGGGGUCCACAUUUCUCAUGCUUUCCAGUACGGUCUACACAGCCCUUCAGAGGGGGAUCCUGGCCCACCUCUGGCAGCUGUGGAUGGGACAGGAGGCUGUCGACCUCUUUUUGGGCCUGCGACCCUGGUCCUCCUGGAUUUGGGCUUCACCCGUCCCCCAGGACACCUGCCUCAUCCCAGAGAUCAGGCCUGGGCUGUUAAGAGCCCGUCUGGGCAAGGGCUAAGGGAGGCCACUCUCCAUCACCUCUGACUACCCAGGGCCAGGUCUAUGUGGGGAUGUGCCUGGUGGCUGGAUACAGUGGGGACCAAGGCAGUAAUCCUUACCAUGAAAGGCCAGGGGAUGGGCCCAGGAACAGGGAGCAGGCAGGGAGAUGGCAGCAGGUCCGCCUCCAUCAGGCCCAGUCUCAGGCUCUAAAACGUUGACUUUUUCUCAAAUUUCCUUUCGGACCAAGCCCUCUGAGUUUGAACUUUCUGACAUCUGCCACUCCCCACUCCCCCAAGCUACCCACAGGACACCUCUGUACCCGUCACCCCGUGUGAAGGUGGCUGAAGCAGGCCUCUCUGGGCCACAGGUGUCCUGACCUUUGUGUAGAUGCAGCCAUGGCUCUGGGGGACACUGCAGCCAGAGGCUGAGAGACCAGCAUUGGGUGCCUCGGGCGGUGGGGAGCAUCGGGCACAUCUCUAAAUGAGCAAAGGGUCUCUGGGAUGCAGUCCAGGCCUUCUCCACAUCUGCCUCCUCAGUGUCAUGAGCAAGGGCACUGUCUCUGCUCACUCCAGGGCCCAAUGCACUCACUUUGCAGCAACACCCCCCCCCACACACACACACUUAGUCCUUAGGAAGAGAAUGGGGUCUCGGGGCCCAUGAUGAGAGGGCAGCAGUGGUAGUAACUAUGGCCUGUCUUCUGGAGCCUGUGGGGGCAUUUUCCAGGCAGAUACUUUGCCAUGGCAGCAUGGUCCUGGCCUACUGGCCCUUCCCCUGCCCUCCUACCACCCUCCCUCCAUUCUGUAAAUACUUGUCAUCGUGGACUCUGACAGGGUCAGAGGGACAGGCCUGACCAACCAAAACUCCUCAGAGAUAUCAUCUCUGUCUCCCUGGGUACCCAUGUGCACUGGGGUGGCGCUGGAGAGCCAUGGAAAUCGUGAGAUACUGUGUGUGUAUGCAUGUGAACAAGUGUGUGAAUGUGUAUGUGUGUGCGUGUCUGCCUCAUUCAGCCUCUGGGAUCACAUCAGCUCCUGCUCUCCAAGCGCAGUGCCCUGGAGAGUGGUGGCUGCCCAGCGCCUUUCCUCUGCUAGCUUCCAUGUCUUGUUUUUGCUUUCUCCUCCCUCCCUCCCUCCCUCCCUCCCUUUCUUUCCUUCUCUCCUUUAUUUGAGGGGGGAAGAGUGCUGUACAAAGUCAAACAAACAAGUUUACAGUUGUAAGUGCAAUGACCCGAGUCCUCCACAUGACCUUGUGAAUUGUGUGCCGUCCUCCUGUGCUCUGUGAGAACUCGUGGUACUUCGGUGUCCCUCCCCCCUGUAUUGUGACAAGGUAAUUCUGUGGUAUCAGAAUAAAAGGACUUGAUAUAAACAACCUA